AUGCCGGCCGACUUUGAAUCCGCAGCGCGGGCGCUGUCCCUCUCCCCGAAUCCUCCCUCCUCCCCCUCCGAAACCUAUGCCGACGUCCGCCCGCCAUGGAUCCGCAACAUCGGCGGCAUCUCAACCACCACAAUCACCUCUGGCCGCCGCACGUCUUCCGCUCGCUUCGGCCGCCAAAGGUCGGCAUCGCGACAGGCAACAGCUGUGGAGAGUCUGAACCGCACCGUGCGCUACGCGAUCAGGACUGGCAACCGCCUCUGGGACAUGUACCUUAGCCUCAGCCCCGUUCAGCGCGUCGCCGUCGCCGCCUUCCUUCUGGUCGUCAACGUUCUCGGUAUCUUGAUGCUUAUCUACUCGCAUGCCAUCUUCAAGUGGCUCGGCCCGGUCGCGCAGAAGUGGCGUGCUCUGCCCGGCGGCUGGCUCAUCAUCUGGGCCUUUACGUUUUUGACGGCCUUCCCGCCCAUGAUCGGCUACAGCACUGCCAUCUCCAUCUCGGGCUUCGUAUACGGGUUCCCGCUGGGGUACCCCAUUGUUGCGACGGCCACAGUGGCGGGGAGCUUGACGGCGUUUUACACAAGUAGGGGCAUCUUUAGCGGAUACGUGCACCAGCUAGUGGGUCAGGACCACCGGUUCAUUGCAUUGGGGCAGGUGUUGAGGAAGGACGGACUGGGAAUGCUGACGGCGGUGCGCUUUUGCCCACUACCGUACAGCUUGUCAAAUGGGUUCCUGUCGACGAUCCCGUCCAUUAAGCCAUGGGCGUUUGCGGCCUCGACGGCUCUUGCUAGUCCUAAACUGCUCGUCCACGUCUUCAUUGGCAGCCGCCUUGCUCUCAUCGCCGAAAAGGGUGACGAGAUGACAACCGGUGGCAAGGCUAUCAACUACAUCUCCAUGAUCCUUGGCGGUACCGUUGGCCUGGUCGUCGGCUGGCUCAUCUAUCAGCGCACCAUGGCCCGCGCCGCCGAGCUGGCCCUUGAGGAGGCCGAGGCAAACGGUCUCGUGCCUGGUUCCGACGAUACCCCUGACUACUUGGACGUCGAGGCUGGCCUUGUUGACCCAGAGGACGUGGCGGCGCUCAUGGGUGACGACGACAUCUCGCUGUGGACGCGCGAGGCAGACGAAGAGAGCGGGUAUCGCGACGACGAUGACGAAAACGAAGAUGAUGUCAAUGGUAUCGGGAUGAAGAACCAAAAUGCGACUGCGGAACCGUUUCACGACGAGCACGGCGGGAAGGAGAAUGGGGUCAAGGGUUCUCAUUAG